CCCACCAACUGUCGCGCAAGCAAAGAACCUCGGGAGAGAUGGCGACGGCUGUAGGAGCGGCCGGCGAGUCGUCGGGGACGAAGACGAAGAAGCUUAAGAUCGCCGUCAUCCACCCCGACCUCGGAAUAGGUGGUGCUGAGAGAUUGGUAGUUGAUGCGGCAUGCCAGCUUGCUGCCCAUGGACACGAUGUUCACGUUUUCACUUCACACCAUGACAGAAACCGGUGCUUUGAGGAAACAGUCUCCGGUCCAUUCCCAGUUACUGUAUAUGGAGAUUUUCUGCCUCGCCAUGUGUUUUACCGCUUUCACGCCGUGUGUGCUUACCUCCGAUGCAUUUUUGUUGCGAUGUGUGUGCUACUUUGGUGGCCCUCCUUUGACGUCAUAUUGGUAGACCAGGUUUCUGUUGUGAUUCCGCUACUUAAACUAAAGAAAUCUUCGAAGAUAAUUUUUUAUUGUCAUUUCCCUGAUCUGUUGCUUGCGCAACAUACUACCGUUCUUCGGAGGUUAUAUCGCAAGCCAAUUGACAUGAUUGAAGAAGCCACGACUGGUAUGGCAGAUUUGAUUCUAGUCAACAGUAAGUUCACUGCGGCAACUUUCGCCAGGACCUUUCGUGGUCUUCAUGCUAAAGGAAUUCAGCCUGGUGUUCUAUAUCCAGCGGUCUCCGUUGAGCAGUUUCAUGAACCUCAUGAUUAUAAGUUGAAUUUCCUAUCGAUUAACCGGUUUGAAAGAAAAAAGAAUCUUGGUCUAGCCAUUUCAGCGUUUGCUUUGCUCCGGUCAGUUGGUUCGAAGCAAUCUGGCGAUUCUCUGCAGGAAGCAAGCUUAACAGUGGCAGGUGGGUAUGAUAAGCGUCUCAAAGAAAAUGUUGACUACCUUGAGGAGCUGAAAAGAGCGGCAGUGACUGAAGGUGUGUCUGAACAUGUUAAAUUCGUGACAUCUUGUUCUUCAUCUGAAAGAAACGAGCUUCUCUCCAACUGCCUUUGUGUGCUAUACACUCCAACGGACGAACAUUUCGGCAUUGUUCCUCUUGAAGCUAUGGCAGCAUAUAAGCCUGUAAUUGCAUGCAACAGUGGUGGUCCAGUGGAAACAGUAGUGAAUGAAGCGACAGGGUUUCUCUGUGAUCCCUCGCCCACUGAAUUUUCUAAAGCCAUGCUGAAGUUUGUAAACGAUCAUGAUCUUGCUCUUCGGAUGGGUAAACAAGCACGGGACCGUGUGGUGCAAACAUUCUCGACCAAGACGUUUGGUGACCUCCUGAACAGCUAUGUCCUUAAUGUCUACCAUCAGAGGAUCGAGUGAUCUAAAUUCAGUGUCGGCAGUGCCACAUGGAAACCUUUUGAGUAGCACAUACACAUCAUCCUUUUUUUUUAUGUUUUGACUUGUGACUUUGAUGUACACACGGUGAUAGUGACUAUUAAUGCCAUGUUGUGUUAAACUGAGUUACUUGUUGCUC